AUGGAUCCCUCACUCGUUGAUGUCCCUUCGGUGAAGGACCUGACUAUCGACAACAUCACCGAAAAUGUGCACUUGAUCAAUUCGCGGUGUCCAGAUCCCAGGCUGAAAUAUAUUAUGGAACGGCUGGUGUCGCACGUCCACGACUUUGCGCGGGAAACUAGAUUGAGCACGAACGAAUGGAUGACUGGGUUGAGCUUCCUUAAAGGAGUUGGCCAGAUCUCUAGUGAUGUGCGGCAAGAAUUCAUCCUGCUCUCUGAUAUCAUCGGCCUCUCCCUCCUCGUAGACAGCAUCGAUCAUCCCAAACCACCCGCAUCAACUGAAGGCACCGUCCUAGGUCCCUUUCACACGCACGAAGCCCAGCCAGAGCCCAACGGCGGUUCCAUCUCGCAUGAUCCAGAUGGCGAACCUUGCCUCGUCCUCUGCACUGUCAAAGAUACGAGCGGUAAGCCGAUCGAAGAGGUCAAAAUAGACAUCUGGGAGACGGAUUCGAAAGGCUUCUACGAUGUGCAAUACGCGGACAGGGAAGGACCGGACGGUCGUGCGGUCAUGGAGAGUGACUCGGACGGCAUCUUCUGGUUCAAGGCGAUUGUGCCAGUGCCAUAUCCGAUUCCGCAUGAUGGGCCUGUUGGAAAGCUGUUGAAGCUGUUGAAGAGACAUCCGUACCGGCCGAGCCACAUGCAUUUCAUGUUUGAGAAGCCGGGCUACGACCAUCUGAUUACCGCCUUGUACCUCCGGAAUGAUCCUUACGAGACCUCAGACGCCGUGUUCGGUGUCAAGGAGACACUUGUAGUCGAGCUCGGGACAGUAGACGCGGAGCAAGCAAAGAAGUACGGCGUAGAAGAGGGUGGCAAACUAAUGACAUAUGACUUCGUGCUCGUUUCAGACGACGAGGCGAGAAAGCUGCGUGAAGAAAAUGCCAUGAAGGCGAUGGAGGGACUAGGAAGGAGGAUGAAGCUUUACAAUGGCUUACCUGUGCCUGAUGUGGACUGA